AUGGCUCCACUCACGAGAAUCGAAAAGGAAUACCACGCCCUAGCUCAAGAGGAUCCAGUUGCUAGCGACGACGAAUAUCUACGAGAAGAGGUGCGCAAAACCUCGCGAAAUCAAUGUAUUCGCAUUACGAUAUACUUGGUUAUUGAAGCCCUAGUGUUCAUAUCCGUCUUUUUCAUCUACGAGCGAUAUCAAGCAAUUCCGAGAGACAAGCCCAGCUUCACCGAGAGAUAUUUCCGGCUUCAAGAUUAUAACCAAACCGUACACUUUACAGAAAAUGUUGAGCUCAUGAGGAAAUCCUCAAAUUCUACCAAAUUCUGGAUGGACUUGCAGGCCACUAGCGGAAUUGUAUCUGUGCCUACAGAGUGGGCUCUUGGUCUAGGAUUCUCCCCAAGCAGACAAUCCCCCGAAACCCCAGGACAUAGCAUUUACCAACUGGACAUGUACCAUUCACUACACUGCCUGUACCAUAUUCGAAAUCGGCUCAUGUCGAAACUCCCUUUAGAUGUGUGGCCUAGAGACGAUGUGCACAGCUUGCAUUGUGUAGACUUUCUCCGACAACAAAUUCUAUGCCACGGCGACACUACACUCCAGGGCACCGAUGAUUUUCUACAUUUCGCCAAGAACCCCGGUCAUCUGUGCCGCGAUACGCAAGCGAUCAGGACAUGGGUGGAGGAGCGCAACUGGGCAGGUCAUGGGAAAUGGAUCGAAGACAAAUAUGGGGUCGUAUAA